UGGAGGCAGGAAGACACCCUGGUGGAGGCCUUCCGCAGGACUGGAGAUGGCGUCUGUGGACUUCAAGACCUAUGUGGACCAGGCCUGCAGGGCUGCCGAGGAGUUUGUCAACGUCUACUACACCACCAUGGACAAGCGGCGGCGCCUGCUGUCCCGCCUUUACAUGGGCACAGCCACCCUGGUGUGGAACGGCAAUGCCGUCUCGGGACAGGAAUCCUUGAGUGAGUUUUUUGAAAUGCUGCCUUCCAGUGAGUUCCAGAUCAAUGUGGUGGACUGCCAGCCCGUCCAUGACGAAGCCACGCCGAGCCAGACCACAGUCCUCGUCGUGAUCUGUGGGACAGUAAAGUUCGAGGGCAAUAAGCAACGGGACUUCAACCAGAACUUCCUCCUGACCGCACAGGCCGCCCCCAGCAACACCGUGUGGAAGAUUGCCAGCGACUGCUUCCGCUUCCAGGACUGGACCAGCUAGCGGAUGGUGGCAGGCGCAGCUCUUGGUGUGGGUGUCGCCACCCCUUCCUGCAGAGACUGGCAGUUGUGCCGAGCUGUGGCUGAGCUGUGGUGGCUCAGGCUUCAGGCGCCCCUUUCCCAAGCACACAUUUGUUUGUCCUAGUUUUCUUUUUAAAGUAGCACACUUUUCUAUUUUUCUAAUUGUCUAGUAGAGACUCUGGUUCUGGAAGUUCUGACAGCUACUGUAAUACAGACGUGGCUUCUUUGUCCUUG